GUGUGGUUGGCGUAGCUGAGAUGUGGUUGAUGUAGCUGAUGUGUGGUUGGCGUAGCUGAUGUGUGGUUGGCGUAGCUGAUGUGUGGUUGGCGUAGCUGAUGUGUGGUUGGUUGACCACACCUCAUCACAGGCACACACUGUAUUAUCGGAUACGUGUGUGCCUGUGUCUCGUCACCUUGCAGCACAAGUAAGAUUCUUUCAGAAGUAUUGUCAGUGGGAGAGACGAACCAGCCAGUGAGGCAGGGAGUGAUGGCAGAGGAAGGCAGCACAGGUUCUCCGGAGGUCCCAGACCAACAAGGUGUGGCGAUGGAGGGCAGUCCAGAGACUCUGGAAGUACAAGACCACAAGGAGAUGGUGGUGGAAGGAAGCCCAGUGACAGCAGGAGGCCCACUCACAGAGAAGCUGAGGGUGACCUCAGACCGUGGCCCUGUAUCUCUCGGAUACGUAGACAGCCAUCAUCAUGACGACAAUGCCCUGUGGAACAUGGAGGCCUCAGUUCACGACCCUCAAGCCUUGAAGUACACCGAUGUCCGCUUCCACGACCCUGACCAACCUUACUUCGACUACCACGAGUCAUCCAACGUGACGGCUCUCCUGGGUAAAACAGCGGUUCUCAACUGCAGAGUCAAGAACAUUGGCAACAAAACGGUGUCGUGGGUACGUCACCGUGACAUUCACCUACUGACAGUAGGUCGCUUCACCUACACCUCGGACGAGAGGUUCUCAGCCAGACACGCAGAAGGUGCUGAGGACUGGCUGUUGAUGAUCCACUACCUUCAGGAGCGUGAUGCUGGGGCCUACGAGUGUCAGGUCUCCACCACACCACCUGUCAGCCACCUGAUCCACUUGACUGUUGUGGAGCCGGUAACGGUGAUCCUAGGCGGCCCAGACGUGUAUAUCAACACAGGUAGCAGACUCGUCCUGACAUGUACCGUCAAGUUCAGCCCUGAGCCUCCGGCCUUUAUAUUCUGGUCCCAUGAUGAAGGUUUGAUCCGAGGAAGAGGAAGGCAGCUCUGA